AAUUCAGGGUUUAAUAUUACACAUCUGAAAAUGGAAGUAACGAAACAAACUACCAACUCUGAUUAAUCAAAACUAGCUGAUUUAGCCAACGAGGUGAAUUGAAGUUGUAAAUGAGUGAAAUUCUCGCUGAAAUGAACCACAAGGGUCUGGAUCCCAUCUUGCUGCUAGACCAUUUCUUUGAGCUAUGGAACGAGAAGAAUCUUCAGGUGCUGCGUUCAGCAACCCAGCAGGGGUUUUCCAAACUGUCUGAGCCUCUCGAGGCCUUACUAACAAUCCUGGAGCGUUGUCCGGGCAAACAGAAAGGUCGGAGCCACACUCUGGGUUAUCAUAUCCUCAUGGAUUUUCAGGCAUGGAUGAAGGACCACCCUCAGGUGAACUUGAGCUCAGUCCCUGAACAAAAAGCUCUUGCACUCCAGCAUCGAGCCCUCGACUUACUAACAGACACACAGCCCGCCUUCGUAGAUGCUCUCAUCAGCAUCUACCAGCUCAAGUCCUUAGACCCAUCGAUUCUACGACUCCAUAUUAUGAAUUUGCAGGACGUCAAGAAUUACAAAGAAGCUGCAAUCCUCAGCAUGAAGCUGGAAGUACAGGAAGAACUAAAUAUGGAAAAGAUGUGUGUGCCUCUCAUUGUGCUGGAUAAGCUGUCGUUGGCAGAGGCGUUCGUCAGCGGCCGCAGACAGCUUGAACAACAACUUGUCUCACUGCUUGACUCUUGGUGUCACCCCAACUUCAGUGCUGAGAGGAUUAACAAGCUGUUUCCAGGCCUGACUCGGUCCAAACAGAACCUAGCACAAAUCCAUCCAAAGAUCCUUACCAAGCAUGUCUUAAGACUCAUGGAGAAAUUCAAAGUGGAUCCAGCACUGUGUCCAAAUGCGUUGCACAAGAGGAGAUUAGACACUCUGCGUUACCUAAUGUAUAAAACCUUUGUGGAGCAAGGUAUGACUGAAGAAAGCUGGGCUGACCAUGUGCAGAAUGUGGUGGCAGAUGAUGCAGAGCUGCACAUCCAUUUGGUAGAGUUGUUGGCAAAGUACUGUGGUCUUCAGAAAGCCUCCCAAUGGUCCCUGAGAUACAACAUACCAAGGAAUCGACUUCCCUUUGGGGUGUGGGAAACCCAGAGAAGUCUGCCACCUGAUCUGCAACAGAUUUUUCCAAACGAUUCCACCAAAUCAGAGGAAUGGCUGCCCUGUAAUGCUGAUAAGUUCUACCGGGUUCCUCUCACCAAAGACCAGGUUCACUUUGUGAACACGCCAGAAGCUCUUCAGAAAUGUGGAAGCACAUUGUUAAAGAAAGGUGGGGUCGUAGGGGUGGACAUGGAGUGGCAACCAACUUUUGGCUGUACCUCAGCUCAGCAAGUCGCACUGAUACAGCUGGCAGUUCAAGACCAGGUUUUCUUGUUAGACCUCUGUGCCAGAGAAUUCUGUCAACAUCCAGGGACCGUUCGCUUCAUCAGGACUUUCUUCUCUGAUCCAGACAUCCUAAAACUGGGCUAUGGAAUGAGUGGAGACCUCAAGUCUCUUAGAGCCACUUGGCAUCUGUUGUCAGAGACCCUGAAGACAGAGGGGAUGCUUGAUCUUAGUACUGUACACCAAAAGAUUCAAAAGAGUAAUCUGAGUUGGAUUCAGAGUAGCCCCAAAGAGGUACUGGUGGGAGAAAAUGGCGCAGAAAAAGGUCUUAGCCUGCUGGUUCAACAAGUUCUAGGAAGACCUCUGGACAAGAGGGAGCAGAUGUCCAACUGGGAAAGGCGGCCGCUGCGCAUCAGCCAAAUUAGAUAUGCAGUGACAGAUGCGUACUGUUUGCUGGAUGUGUACUCGGUUCUUUCUGGAAACCCAGCACGCUUUGGACUGCCGGCUGACCUGAGAAGCAUCUCUUCAAGCAAGCCAGAGACAAACAAAGACAAGAAGCAGAAAGAAAAGCAGAAGAAGAGAAAAGAGGGCGUUGGCCAAAAGGAAUGUCAGGGGGCUUCAAGGGUCAGUCCCCCCCAUUCUGGCACAGAGAAAGGCCUCCUGUGUGGCGAGAAGCCUUCAGAAGAUUCCCCUCCUCUACCCCCCCAGCAGCUGCGGGUGGUGUGUGACAACAUGCUACAAGGACUCGGGAGGUAUCUGCGCUGUUUGGGAGUGGACGUUGUCAUGCUGGAGAACUCGGAUGACCACAGAGUAGCAGCAAAGCUCGCUCAAGCGGAAGGCCGAGUCAUCCUCACCUGUGGUCAACCUUUUCAAAGUUUGCGCUCUCAGGUUGGUGAAGGUCGCUGUCUGUCCUUAGACUGUUCAGAAAAGGCUAAAGACCAGGCCGUCCGAGUCCUCAGACACUUCAACGUCCAACCCACUCCAAGCGACAUAUUCAGCCGCUGCCAGGCGUGUAACAGUGACCAGUAUGUGGCUGUUCCCCGGGCGGAGAUGGUCAGGAUGCUCGCAGAAAACGGAUAUUUGCAAGAACAUGAGAACUCUUACUGCACGCUAGAGAAAUCCUGUCAACAGGAAGAUGACACGCUAACCCCCGAAGUGACCCCUGAGCCCCCCAGGUAUGCCUCACAGUGUCGCUGGGCCUCCCUUUCAGGACUGGACCGCGACACCCUGACCUUUCCCGGGGGGUCACCCAUCCAGCUCCACACCGUCCCCCCAGCCCUGCUGCCGAGGAUACUGCUGUUCUAUGUCUGCACCAGAUGUGGCAAGGUGUUCUGGGAAGGGUCUCACUUUGACCGUGUCCGCUCCAUGUUCCAGGAAGUCUUACACGUAACAGAUGAGGACAGCGUCUCGACUGAGGCGCCCCUUAAGGCAGCGCUGCAAAACUAACCUAAUAUAGAGCUUCUACUGUUAACCUGGUCCUGAAAGAAACUAGAGAGAGAACAUAGAGAGUGUAUUCCUACUAAGAUUAAAAGUGAAAUUCAUCAAAUCACAAAGUGCGCAGGUGUUUUGGUCCAUUUUGUUUUCUUCCAGCUGUUAUACGUUAUAAACUUGGUCUUCUGCACAAAGACUGUCUGCACACCUCUAUAUGUUCAUAUUUCAAAAUGAGAUUGUUGUGUAACGCAGCUACAUUUGUGCAGUAUGGAUCAACGCUUUGAGGUUAUUCUUCCUGUUUCUUUUUUUUAUCAUGUAAAAAACUAAUUGCUAAGAAACCACAGGUGAUCUUACCUUUUUUGUUGCCACUUUUAAAUUCUUUCAACAAAAACAAGAAUUUGCCCUCUGGCAUGUUUGCACAGAAUUCUUUUUUUUUAUGUCAUGAUCAACAGAUUACUUGUAGGUUGUGCAAGAUCAGCAGUUUCACUUGCUGGAUAGCUCGGUUUUCUUAAUCUCACCUUUUUUUUUCUUAAACCUGAACUCUUAUACAAUUUUGUGCAACUCUGUUAGAGUUUAGUAGCAUUUUAAUUAGAUAUCAAUAUUUUGAUGAUAUUUGUUUAGUGUUUGGUAAUGUUUAACUAAAAUUUUCCCUUUUUUCUAGAAUCAUUGGUCAGAAAUAAAUGUCUUCACUGUUAAACUGUGUUGGUUGAUGAGCUAAUAAACUUCUCCUGGUUUCAUUGUUAUUUUCUGACAAGUAUUAAUCACUUGUGGCAGCCAGCAGAUGUUCUUGAUUUUUGGUGUUUCUAAAUCCACUAAGCAGAUGGUGAAGAGGUGAGGGUGAACAGAUUGAUGAGAUCAUCUGAGCUUCACUGAUGUCUGUCAGGUGUAACACUAGCAUAGGAGGUUUCCUGCUCCCAGGCCGAGCACCAGCAAACCAGCACAUACCACAGAAGCCCUUGAUAUUUGUCCAUCAUUGAACACACGGGAAACCAUAAAAAUGACAUUCAGGUCAACGUGUUUUGGUGUUUCACAAAAAUGUUCUUGGUUUUUGUGGUGAAGAGCGUCCUUGCCAACUAUGUUAAGAAAAGAAUCGGCAAAAGUUCCUGAUGAUCAAGUGUUUACCAGAUGAUCUUCUUCUUUCAUUUUGAUUUAGAGCUGUCUAAACAAUUAUUAAAGUCACUUGAAAGUUA